AUGGCAGCUGGCAGGAUUGUAAUUCUGGGUGCGGGAGUCUCUGGACUUACCACGGCGUUGCUUCUGUCCCAGGAUCCCUCAAAGGAGAUCACGGUAGUGGCUAAACAUAUGCCUGGAGACUAUGAUAUUGAAUAUUGCUCCCCAUGGGCUGGUGCGAGCUUUUUUCCAGUUGGAAAGCCAAACACGGCUCACGCUGAAUGGGAACGAGCCAGCUGGUCAGUCCUAAAACAACUGGCAGAGGAACAUCCCGAGGCGGGCAUUUGUUUCCAACCGACACUUGUCUUUAGCCGCGAAAAAGACGCCAACUCUGCCACAGGGCGGUGGUUUGCAGAGCUUGUCCAGAAGGAUCCGUGGUACAAAGAGCUCGUGGACAAUUUUGAAGAUAUCCCAACAGAGAAGCUGGGCCCUGGAAUUAAGAAUGGCUCGCGCUUUACAUCAGUGUGCAUCAACACUGCAGUUUACCUACCCUGGCUGCUCGGUCAAUGUUGCAAGAAUGGAGUCGUUUUCAAAAGGGACACAUUCAAACAUGUGGCUGAAGCAGGGUAUGCACAUCACUCGGGCGAGAAAGCCGACGCAGUUGUCAACUGCACUGGAUUGUCUUCAAAGACCCUGGGCGGAGUUCAAGAUGACACACUCUACCCAAUUCGUGGACAGGUGGUCGUUGUCCGUAACGAUCCCUUGGCGAUGUACUCGGUCUCCGGAUGCGAUGACGGUGAAGAUGAGGUUGCUUAUAUGAUGGCUCGAGCUGCAGGAGGUGGCACGAUUUUGGGAGGCUCAUACCAGAAGAACAACUGGGAUCCACUGCCGGACUCUAAUCUUGCUGUCCGGAUCAUGACAAGGGCCAUUGAAUUAUGCCCUACGCUUGUGAAAAAAGGACAAGGUGUUGAAGGGCUGGAUAUUAUCCGACAUGGGGUUGGACUACGUCCUUUCAGAGAUGAUGGGCCACGCGUCGAAAAGGAGCGAGUGAAUGGUCUCUCCGUGGUGCAUAACUACGGCCACGCGGGUUUUGGGUACCAAGCAUCGUAUGGUUGCGCAGCCAAAACAGUGACACUGGUCAAUGAUGUCUUACAGGAAAAGGCGAAGGGAAAGUUGUGA